AUGUCUUUAAAGCGUAUCACAAAGGAACUCAACGAUUUGGGAAGAGACCCCCCUACCUCGUGCUCGGCGGGCCCAGUCGGAGACGACCUGUACCACUGGCAGGCGUCGAUCAUGGGUCCCCCUGACUCCCCUUACGCCGGCGGCGUUUUCUUUCUCUCUAUACAUUUCCCAACGGACUACCCAUUCAAACCCCCUAAGAUCUCCUUCACGACCAAGAUAUAUCACCCAAACAUCAACGCCAACGGUAACAUCUGUCUUGAUAUCCUAAAGGACCAGUGGUCGCCAGCCCUGACAAUUUCCAAGGUGCUGCUUUCCAUCUGCUCCCUGCUGACGGACGCGAACCCUGACGACCCUCUGGUUCCAGAGAUUGCUCACAUUUACAAGACCGAUAGAGCUAAGUAUGAAGCCACCGCCAAGGAGUGGACUAAAAAGUACGCUGUUUGA